AUGUUUAACAUUGGAUCGCUUGUUCUUUUCCUUGUUGCAUCUUUAGCUUGUUUGUCUUUUUCUACCGCAGAUAAUGUCACAUAUGACUCAAAUGCCUUAAUUAUUAAUGGCGAACGACGCAUUAUCUUCUCAGGUUCCAUCCAUUAUCCACGUAGUACCGAUGCAAUGUGGCCUGAUCUUAUUCAAAAAGCUAAAGAUGGUGGACUUGAUGCAAUAGAGACGUACAUUUUUUGGGAUCGUCACGAGCCCCAACGACGAAAAUAUGACUUCUCUGGAAAUCUAGAUUUUAUCAAGUUCUUUCAACUUAUUCAAGAUGCGGGACUUUAUGUCGUGAUGAGGAUUGGUCCUUACGUGUGUGCUGAGUGGAACUAUGGAGGUUUUCCAGUGUGGCUGCACAAUAUGCCGGGAAUCCAAUUACGAACCGACAAUCAAGUCUACAAGAAUGAAAUGCAAACAUUCACGACAAAGAUAGUGAAUAUGUGUAAAGCGGCUAACCUAUUUGCAUCGCAAGGAGGACCGAUAAUUAUAGCUCAAAUUGAGAAUGAGUAUGGAAACGUGAUGACACCGUAUGGAGAUGCAGGAAAAGCAUAUAUCAAUUGGUGCGCUCAAAUGGCUGAAUCUCUCAAUAUUGGUGUUCCAUGGAUCAUGUGCCAACAAAGCGAUGCCCCACAACCUAUGAUUAAUACAUGCAACGGAUUCUAUUGUGAUAACUUCACUCCAAACAACCCGAAGAGCCCAAAAAUGUUUACUGAAAAUUGGGUGGGAUGGUUCAAGAAAUGGGGCGACAAAGACCCUCAUAGAACGGCAGAAGAUGUAGCAUUUUCUGUGGCCAAAUUUUUUCAAUUUGGUGGCGUGCUUAACAAUUAUUAUAUGUAUCAUGGAGGUACCAACUUUGGAAGAACAUCGGGAGGUCCGUUCAUCACUACGUCUUAUGAUUACGACGCCCCUCUCAAUGAAUAUGGAAACUUGAAUCAACCUAAAUGGGGACAUCUCAGACAACUUCACGCAUCAAUCAAACUUGGGGAGAAGAUUCUAACUAACAGCACUCGCUCGGACCGAAACAUUAGUAGCUCUGUGACCUUAACGACAUUCUCGAACCCAACAACAGGGGGUAGGUUUUGCUUUUUGAGCAACACGGAUGCUAGCAAUGAUGCUACCAUAGAUUUGCAGACAGAUGGAAAAUAUUUUGUACCAGCUUGGUCUGUGACCAUUCUUGAUGGUUGCAACAAGGAGGUUUACAACACUGCAAAGGUUAACACUCAAACAUCUGUGUUUGUGAAGGAGCAAAAUGUGAAGGAAAAUGCACAACUCUCCUGGGUUUGGGCUCCUGAGCCUAUGAGAGAUACUCUACAAGGAAUUGGUAAAUUUAAGGCAAACCUUCUCUUGGAACAAAAGGCAACUACGGUUGAUUUUAGCGACUACUUGUGGUACAUGACAAAUGUUGAAACCGAUCAAACUUCAUCUCUUUAUAAUAUAACUCUUCACGUGAAUACAAAGGGUCACGUGCUUCAUGCCUUUGUAAAUAAAAGGUAUGUUGGGUCGGAAUGGGCGACCAACGGUCAAAGCUUUGUACUUGAGAAACCCAUCUCGUUAAAAUCUGGA